AUGGCGGCAGGCUGGGCUCAGCUGGGCAUCAACGUGCAGCAACUACCUCCGAUUGGGCCACUGUGGUCAACCAACUUAUGGCUCGCCUUGAGCGCCGUCGCCUUUAUAAUCCCAGGCCCAGAGCGAAACGGACCUGAACGCGGCUUCGGGGGCGGCAUAGCAUUGCGGGACGACAAGUUGAGCCUGGGCGCCAAGGCCGCUCUCCAGGACGAUGCGACCUAUGAACACGUUUCGAGAGACGAGCUCAGCUGCUUCGCUGACGACGUUGAUGACAACAAGGCGGAGGACGCUGUGGAAUCUACCGCCGACAUCAUCACCAGAUCUCCCGGCGACUAUACUUACCGGAUAGUCAAGCGUUCGAAACUCGCGACCUACCCCUUCUCCGCAGUGGGAAUCAUUGAAACCCCAAAGCGUAAGAACGGUAUAUACAACAGGUGCACUGCAUCGCUGGUAGGGCCGCGCCACGUCCUGACCGGCAGACACUGCCCAGUGAACAAGGAUACGGUGUUCUAUUUAGCAUGGUAUGAUAAUUCCUUCACUGCAUCGGCGCAUGUUGUGGAGAGAUUCCGCACGCCGAGUGGCUGCAACGACGACGACGGUGGUCAAUGCGUAGCGAAAACGGACAUCGCUAUUUUGGUCAUUGAUCAGAGGCUGGGAGACACGCACGGCGGGUUUUACCCGACUGAGACUAUACUCAAGUCCUACGCCGGCGACAAGAUCUUUAAACACAUAUCAUACCCCGAGUCAGUUGCCAAUGGAGCUCGAUCAGUCUACCAAACGGACAUCUCCAUUACCCGAGGGAACUGCGGCCGCGGGCCCUUGAAGUCCAGCAGCAUGCUCUCGGCCCCGGGGGCUAGCGGAGGCCCUCUCUGGAAAUGGGCCGACGACGACAAGACGACAGCGAUCGUGGUCGGUCCGCUCUAUGGCUACAAGGAAGACGGUAUGCUCAGCAAGUUGUUCGGGGCGUCCAAAAACAGAAGCUUUUCAGCAAUCAGUUUGGGACGUCCCUGA